CAAUUUCAUCCCAUAUAUUCGACCCAACACUUUGACAAAAACAAACCUUUCUCUAUCUCGUCUUCUUUGUCUUCUUCCUCUCCAACCUUCUUCAUUCCCUUGUAUUCUUCGUGUUCUUCUCCAGCUCGUUCCUCUCGAUACCUCUCUCUAUCUCUUAUUCUUCGUCUGAAUCGAUUCCUAAAUCCUGAACUCUUGUUUAUCGUCUUCAUCGUUUCCUAAUGAUCUCUCUUCUCUCUUCGUCGAUCUCUCUGCAUCGAUCUCUUUCAAUGGCUCCUCCUCUCCAAAACUGCAGUAACCCAGUCACCGCCAAUAACCAUGACUCGGGUCCUCACUCGCUACUAGGAGCUGUUGGAUCUAUAAGUGGUCCUGCCAUGCCACCAAGCGCUGAAUCUUCAAGUGCUAAUAACUACAACCGUAUGACCCUAGAAGCAUUAUUGAAUGAUCCCUCCAGAGAGCUUCAGCCACACCUCCAUCCAAGGAAACUCAAUGGCUUUAUCGCAAGUUCUUUACAAAACUGAGUCCUCUUAUUUCUUCUUAUAAUGUAUUGUCAUCUCUGUUUGUAGGUUCGGUGUAGACCCCUCUGUCCACAAAUUCAUUCGAACAACAUGGCAAGCCUACUACAUGGGACCAUAGAGUAGCUGGAAAUUUGUUCCUGAGGAGAGGAAAGAUAAGUGGUGGCAGACUUUUGUGCAAAACUACUACUGAGAAGAUCGUUUUAAAUCCAACGUCUACCGUCUUUGGAAGUUGCACACACAGACAACAACAUGCCAAAAGAUCAGUAAGAAGAAGAGACUGAACCAGAAGCCUAAGUUCAUAAGCGAAUCUGACUGGACCACUCUGCUGGAGUUUUGGUCAACAGAACCAGCCUGUAAAAAGAGCAAGGCAGCGGCUUCAUCUCGCAUGACACCCCAUGGUAAGAAAGGGAUACACAAGCAUUGUGCAAGUCCUCAAAACUUUUUGAAGAUCGAAUAUGACAUGAUGGCGGAGUCUGGUCUCGAUGAACCACCACCUUACACUGAUCUCGUGCAGGAAGUCGUCGCAAAGAUGACAGCUAAUGAUGGAUCUCCUCAUUCUGACAGCCAAGGCACCUCAACAGCUGCAACGUCUGCAACUCCUACUCGCAUUCUCCUCAACCAAGAAUUUCUCAAGCUUCGGAAUUUCACUCUGACUGAGUCAAUCCAUGAAUCUCAUACACUCACCGUCGACAUGGACAUGCGUAUCUCCGGUUUGGAGGCUAAUACAAAAGCUGUCAACAUCAAUGUUGAAACGCUCAAGGAAGAUGUGGUGGCGAUGAGGGGUGAGUUCAAGGAAGAGUUGGCCACAGUCAAGAAUGAAAUGGUGGCCGUACUAAAUGCAUUCCUACAAAAGGUUGGUACCACUCCGAUUUCUACUACUGCUGCUGAUGCCUCUCCGCAUCGUGCUGCUGCUGCCUCUACAAAUCCUGCUAACACCACAAACCCAAGUCAACAAAAACCUACACUACAUGAGAUGUGUGCUGUUUUAUUAAGAGAUUAG